AGAAUAGCGGCCGUUGCAUCCGAUUUGCGAGUGAGCUACGCUUUGUUGAUGACCAUCUUCAAAUGCUCUCCUAUGUCCAUGUCACUCGCAUCGUGAUCGAGCUCUGAGUGAGAGGUAAUUUCUGUUCUUCCGUGCCUUCUUCAGCCAUUUUCUCUACGUCUUUCGUCGACAUUUUUUCAAGAUGAUCUGACUCAUAACUAUCGUCUUCACUCUUCAGUCGGUUCGCCAGUGAUCAUGGACGGCGACGAAGAGUCUUGUCUACCUGCCAAUACAGUGGAACAUGCUUCACCGGAGCAUGAGGAGAGGAACAAGGAUCUGCAGGACAUGAUCAGUGAACUGCCGCAUGAAAUUCUUGUUUCCAUUUUGUCCCUUAUGACCUUCAAGGAAGCUGUGAGAACUAGCGUUCUUUCACGGAGAUGGAAAAAGUUGUGGAGUUACACAACGGGCAGCUUGGAUUUUGAAGAUUCGAAGGCAGAGCAAGACAUCUCGCAUAACACGAAAUCUUUGGGAGCAGGAAGGUUCAAGUUCAUUGGAUGGGUGAAUCGGAUGUUGAACUCGCAUCAAGGUUCAAGAAUUCGUGAGUUUAGGGUGCGUUUUGAUUUGAAUAAUCGCUCGAGGCGUUAUGUAGAUGAGUGGGUUGCAGUAGCGUUGGCAAAGAGAGUUCAGAACUUGAAGCUGGACUUUUUACCGUUUCUCAGAAAAUUUGACUCUCCACGUUACACAUUUCCCAGCAAGUUCAUUUUGCCAAGCGCCAAAUGCCGUUAUGACUUGUCUUGCCUGAGGUCUCUGGACCUGAAGUUCGUCAAUCUUACGGAUGAGAAUUUGGAUUGCAUCCUCACCAGUUGUCCUUUUCUUGAGGAGUUGGUUAUAGUAUGCUCGGAGCUUCUUUCACAUAUAAAAGUUAAAGGCUCCUCUCUUUCUCUGAAGCACUUGUUUAUACAUUGUAGUGACCUGACAACCUUUGAAGUUUCCGCCCCGAAUUUGGUGUCACUUGCUUAUCACAAUGCUUCAAAAGGAGGACCACAAGUUCUCAUCGAGAAUGCUCCUCUGCUAACUAGUGUUACUCUUGGUGCUCUUUAUGAUCCUGUUAGUAUUUAUCUACAUCCUCUUUGUAGCUCUUUGCCUCAACUGGAAGCUCUUCACUUACACAUGAAUCUCUUCAAGGUGGUUUUUGUGGUUCCUGUUCAGAUCUUGCUUCAAAGUUCUUUACGUUCUUGUAAUUAUAAUGUGCUGAUCUUUCAGGAUGGUCUAGAGAUACCACAAUUUCCUAUGUUAUUUAACCUUAGGUAUCUCACGUGGUUAGUUCAGACAUCUGAUACAGCAAGCCUUCUUGGUUUAACUUCUCUUAUAGAAGCAGCGCCAUUCUUGCAUCAUUUUGAACUCAAGUUGGAGUGGACAGAACCAUGGAGACGAAGGAAUGCAAAAAGGGUGAAUGCAACUCCGAAUCAAUAUCUCAAGGAGGUGAAAAUACUUGGCUUUAGGGGGUAUGCAAUUGAUUCCGAGAUCAUCUCAUAUCUGCUUGAAAGGGCCACAAUGCUUGAGGAGAUUGUUGUUGAUCCUCAUCCUCAUGCCUGUUUAACGGAAGGAACUUUCAUGGAGGAGAAACAGGCUGCAAGAAAAAAGGCUGAGCAGUUGAAACCCAAACUGCCUCAUGCAGCUAAAUUGAUAAUUUUGUGAUCGAUUAAGAUUGCGUUGUAUCAUGUUGUCCAUGUGGAUGGACUGUCCUCUACAAUCCAGUGACUGAAUGGGCUAUGGGUCCCAUAAAGUCUAAAAUUGUUUUCUUUAUACCAAAUCGGUCUUGUAAAAACCAUGUCUGUUUGCGCACUGUCUGGCAUCCCCCUCUAUUUGCUUGGGGACAUUUAACUUUUCAGAUGGUUGACAUACUGGUCUUCCUGAAGUUUCUUCUAGAUUCUGCACUUUUGCUGCGUGUUAAUUCUAUCACUGCAUAUGAAAUUUGGAAAUAUACAUGCUGUCAUUCUUCGUUU